AGUUGAUGUGGGAGCCACGCUCUAAUGUGGAGCUAAACUGCUGAAUUUAGUAAAUGCUGAGAACACAGGGCAUGUAAAAAUGGAAUUCCUGAAAAAGAUUGUUCCCACUGUUGCCUCUGGUGAUGUAGUUCCGAAUGUUGGGAGUACUGCCCAUGAAAGCUCUCCAAGGCUAUUGAAGAUGAGGCGAGUCAGACUGUUUUCACUGGGACAGACAAUAGAUGAAGAUGAAGAGACACAUGUUUUACAUCCUGAUUACACCUCCGCGCCACCCAGCAGAGUAAAUAAACGUAGAGUUUCUCCAAGUGUUGUUUCCACCUGGGAGAAGAGAGGCAUCAUCAUGUCUAACAUUACUAUUGAUCCAGAUGUCAAACCUGGCGAGUAUGUCAUCAAAAGCCUCUUCGCUGAAUUUGCUGUUCAAGCUGAAAAGAAAAUUGAACUUGUAAUGGCUGAACCUUUGGAAAAGCUCUUGUCCAGAUCUCUUCAAAGAGGUGAAGAUCUCCAGUUUGAUCAGUUGAUAAGCUCUAUGAGCUCAGUAGCAGAGCACUGUCUCCCCUCCUUACUACGCACCUUGUUUGACUGGUACAGGCGUCAAAAUGGAACAGAAGAUGAAUCUUACGAAUACAGACCUCGGUCAAGCACAAAAUCAAAGGGGGAUGAGCAACAACGGGAAAGAGAUUAUCUACUUGAAAGGAGGGACUUAGCUGUAGAUUUCAUUUUUUGUUUAGUUUUAAUAGAAGUUCUAAAACAGAUACCUGUUCAUCCAGUGCCAGAUCCUUUAGUACAUGAAGUUCUAAACUUGGCUUUUAAGCACUUUAAACAUAAGGAAGGGUAUUCAGGAACCAACACUGGGAAUGUGCAUAUUAUUGCAGACUUAUAUGCAGAAGUGACAGGGGUUCUUGCUCAAUCAAAGUUUCAAGCUGUUAGGAAAAAAUUUGUUACUGAAUUAAAGGAACUACGACAAAAAGAACAGAGUCCUCAUAUAGUACAAAGUAUCAUCAGUUUGAUUAUGGGAAUGAAGUUUUUUCGAGUAAAGAUGUAUCCCGUGGAGGACUUUGAAGCAUCAUUUCAAUUCAUGCAGGAGUGUGCUCAAUACUUCCUGGAAGUAAAAGAUAAAGAUAUAAAACAUGCCCUUGCUGGUUUGUUUGUGGAAAUUCUCAUACCUGUGGCUGCUGCUGUUAAAAAUGAAGUGAAUGUGCCAUGUUUGAAAAAUUUUGUGGAGAUGCUUUAUCAGACUACCUUUGAAUUGAGUUCAAGAAAGAAGCAUUCACUGGCUUUGUAUCCAUUGAUCACCUGCCUGUUGUGUGUCAGUCAGAAACAGUUUUUUUUAAAUAACUGGCACGUUUUCCUGCAGAACUGUUUGUCACAUCUAAAGAAUAAAGAUCCCAAAAUGUCCCGAGUUGCACUGGAAUCUUUAUAUAGGUUAUUGUGGGUUUAUGUUAUUAGAAUAAAAUGUGAAAGCAACACUGUAACUCAAAGCCGUCUCAUGAGCAUUGUAUCAGCACUUUUUCCAAAAGGAUCGCGUAGCGUGGUCCCACGAGACACACCUCUGAAUAUAUUUGUGAAGAUUAUUCAGUUCAUUGCUCAGGAACGUUUGGAUUUUGCAAUGAAAGAAAUAAUAUUUGAUCUUCUUAGUGUUGGAAAAUCACCUAAAACCUUCACUAUUAAUCCAGAGAGGAUGAAUAUCGGCCUCAGAGUCUUCCUUGUUAUAGCAGACAGCUUGCAGCAGAAAGAUGGUGAACCACCAAUGCCAACAACAGGAGUUGUUCUUCCUUCAGGAAAUACUCUGCGUGUGAAGAAAAUUUUUCUUAAUAAAACACUGACAGAUGAGGAAGCAAAAGUUAUAGGAAUGUCCAUAUACUAUCCUCAAGUCAGAAAAGCACUGGAUAGCAUUCUUAGGCAUUUGGAUAAAGAAGUUGGAAGGCCCAUGUGCAUGACUAGUGUGCAGAUGUCCAAUAAAGAACCAGAAGACAUGAUUACGGGUGAGAGGAAACCUAAGAUAGAUUUGUUUAGAACUUGCAUUGCUGCUAUCCCAAGACUGAUUCCAGAUGGCAUGAGUAGGACUGACCUCAUUGAAUUGCUUGCAAGGCUGACAAUUCAUAUGGAUGAAGAACUUCGUGCCUUGGCUUUCAAUACUCUCCAAGCAUUAAUGCUUGAUUUUCCAGAUUGGCGGGAAGAUGUUCUUUCAGGAUUUGUAUAUUUUAUUGUGCGUGAAGUGACUGACGUCCACCCAACACUUCUUGACAAUGCAGUAAAAAUGUUAGUGCAGCUCAUAAAUCAAUGGAAACAAGCAGCCCAAAUGCACAAUAAAACACAAGAUUCUCAGCGUGGUGUAUCCAAUGGGGCUGCCCAUACCCUUCCCCUGGAGAGAACCCUUUAUUCCAGUGUAUUUCACGUGGUGGAAGGGUUUGCUUUGGUCAUCCUUUGCAGCACCAGGCCUGCCACCAGGCGAUUAGCUGUCAGUGUUCUGAGAGAAAUAAGGGCCUUGUUCACACUUCUAGAAAUUUCAAAGAGUGAUGAUGAGUUGGCUAUAGAUGUAAUGGACAGACUAAGUGCUACUAUCCUGGAAAGUUUCAUACAUCUCACUGGGGCUGACCAGACUACUCUACUCUACUGUCCCAGUUCAAUAGAUUUACAAACUCUGGCUGACUGGAAUUCCUCCCCAAUCAGCCACCAGUUUGAUGUGGUCAGUCCCUCACAUAUAUGGAUAUUUGCACAUGUGACUCAAGGCCAAGAUCCGUGGAUUAUAAGCCUCUCGAGUUUCAUGAAGCAGGAAAAUCUUCCAAAACACUGCCCAACAGCUGUAAGCUAUGCUUGGACGUUUGCUUAUACCAGACUCCAACUGCUGUCUCCACAAGUGGAUAUCAACAGCCCUAUCAAUGCAAAGAAAGUGAAUACUACUACAAGCAGUGACUCCUAUAUUGGGCUCUGGAGAAACUACCUGAUUCUUUGCUGCAGUGCAGCAUCUUCUUCAAACUCCUCCACUUCCACAGGCUCUGUGAGAUGUUCCCCUCCUGAGACGCUGGCGUCUACUCCUGACAGUGGUUAUAGCAUUGAUUCAAGAAUUAUUGGCAUUCCAUCCCCUUCCUCCCUGUUUAAGCACAUAGUUCCAAUGAUGCGCUCUGAGAGCAUGGAAAUUACAGAAUCCCUUGUCCUGGGACUUGGCAGGACCAACCCAGGAGCUUUUAGGGAACUAAUAGAAGAAUUACAUCCUAUAAUUAAGGAAGCACUUGAAAGAAGGCCAGAGAACAUGAAACGACGCAGGCGUCGAGAUAUUUUACGAGUACAACUAGUACGAAUAUUUGAACUGUUGGCAGAUGCUGGUGUCAUUAGUCACAGUGCAAGCGGUGGCCUUGAUAAUGAAACACAUUCCCUCAACAACACUUUACUUGAGUAUGUUGAUCUAACAAGACAACUCCUAGAAGCAGAAAAUGAAAAGGAUUCUGAUACAUUGAAGGAUAUCCGAUGCCAUUUUAGUGCCUUAGUGGCAAAUAUCAUACAAAAUGUUCCAGUACACCAGAGAAGAAGUGUCUUUCCACAGCAGAGUCUACGCCACAGCCUAUUUAUGUUGUUCAGUCACUGGGCAGGUCCUUUUAGUAUCAUGUUUACUCCCCUGGACAGAUACAGUGAUAGAAACAUGCGAAUAAACAGACAUCAGUACUGUGCAUUAAAGGCUAUGUCCGCUGUGCUGUGUUGUGGCCCUGUUGCAGACAACGUCGGGCUCUCUUCUGAUGGCUAUUUGUACAAAUGGCUGGAUAAUAUUUUGGAUUCACAAGAUAAAAAGGUUCACCAGCUGGGCUGUGAGGCAGUCAUGCUGCUCUUGGAACUCAACCCUGACCAGAGUAACCUCAUGUACUGGGCUGUAGACCGGUGUUACACAGGUUCCAAGCGUGUAGCAGCUGGUUGUUUUAAAGCCAUAGCCAGCGUGUUCCAAAACAGGGAUUACCAGUGUGAUACAGUGACCCUCCUGAAUCUGAUACUAUUUAAAGCAGCUGAUUCUACUAGGGCUAUCUAUGAAGUUGCUAUGCAACUAUUACAGAUCUUGGAACCAAAGAUGUUCCGUUAUGCUCACAAACUGGAAGUUCAGCGGACGGAUGGGGUUUUGGGUCAGCCUUCUCCUUUACCACAUUUGUAUUCUAUGUCAUAUUAUCAGCUGUCAGAAGAAUUAGCAAGGACUUAUCCUGAAUUGACACUUGCUAUCUUCUCAGAAGUAAGUCAGAGAAUCCAAACAGCUCACCCAGCUGGGAGACAGGUGAUGCUGCAUUAUCUACUGCCAUGGAUGAACAAUAUUGAGUUGGUAGACUUGAAACCUUUGCCAACCAUUCGUCGGCAAGAUGAAGAGGAAGAGGAUUGUUUGAAAGACAGAGAAAUGAUGGUGAACAGUAGACGAUGGCUACGAGGAGAAGGCUGGGGAUCACCACAGGCUACAGCUAUGGUUCUGAACAAUCUGAUGUACAUGACUGCAAAGUAUGGUGAUGAAGUGGCUUGGUCAGAGAUAGAAAAUGUCUGGACUACUUUAGCAGACAGCUGGCCAAAGAAUCUGAAAAUAAUUUUGCACUUCUUGAUCAGUAUCUGUGGAGUGAACAGUGAACCCAGCCUUUUGCCUUAUGUAAAGAAAGUUAUUGUUUAUUUGGGUAGAGAUAAAACAAUGCAACUACUAGAAGAGCUGGUGAGUGAACUUCAGCUUACAGAUCCCGUCAGUUCAGGAGUCACCCAUAUGGAUAAUCCACCCUAUUACCGCAUUACAUCCAGUUACAAAAUCCCCUCUGUCACUUCAGGUACCACGUCUAGUAGCAAUACGAUGGUGGCUCCCACAGAUGGCAACUCUGAUAGUAAACACCUAAAAGACAGUAUCGAAGAGAAAAAAAGGGAACAAAACUUUCUUAGAAGCCAUAGCAAAAGAAAAUAUAGCAAGGAAAAUGGGUCUCAUUAUGUAGAAUUUAAAAGUGAUUCAAUGCCUCUCUAUUCAAACUGGCGGUUGAAGGUGAUGGAGCACAAUCAAGGAGAGCCUCUACCUUUCCCACCUUCUGGAGGUUGCUGGUCACCAUUGGUGGAUUAUUUGCCUGAAACUUCUCCUCCAGGCAUGUCACUUCACAGAUGCAAUAUAGCAGUGAUUCUUUUGACGGACUUGAUAGUUGACCACAGUGUAAAGGUGGAAUGGGGAGGAUAUUUGCAUCUUUUGCUUCAUGCAAUUUUUCUAGGUUUUGAUCACUGUCAUCCUGAAGUCUAUGAGCAUUGUAAACGACUACUUUUGCAUCUACUGAUAGUGAUGGGAUCUGGCAGUAAUGUCCAGUCUGUUGCUUCUGUCCUACUCAGAAACAGAGAGUUCAAUGAGUCCAGGGUGCUUACUGUCAAGCAAACUACCCAUUUAGAUUAUACUUUCACAGGUGUUCAUGAUUUUAUACCCGAUUACCAGCCCUCCCCAAUGACAGACUCAGGGCUUAGUUCAAGUUCUACCUCUUCUAGCAUCAGUUUAGGAAAUACAAGUGCUGCCAUUUCUCAACUGCACACCACAAUCCUCAACGAGGUUGACAUUUCAGUAGAGCAGGAUGAAAAAGUGAAAACUCUUAUAGAAUUUAUUACCUCAAGGAAAAGAGGCCCACUGUGGAAUCAUGAAGAUGUUUCGGCCAAGAACCCUAGUAUAAAGAGUGCUGAACAGUUAACUGUGUUCUUAAAGCAUGUGGUAUCUAUAUUUAAACAGUCUAGCUCAGGAGGAUUUCAAUUGGAACAUCGUCUCAGUGAAGUUGCUUUGCAAACUGCGCUUUCGUGCUCCUCUCGGCAUUACGCUGGGAGGUCCUUUCAGAUUUUCAGGGCUCUGAAGCAGCCUCUCACGCCAUCCACGCUUUCUGAUGUUCUCUCCAGACUAGUUGAAACUGUUGGCGAUGCAGGAGAAGAAGCUCAGGGUUUUGUCAUAGAGCUGCUUUUGACUUUAGAGUCUGCUAUUGACACAUUGGCUGAAACCAUGAAGCAUUAUGAUCUGCUUUCUGCCCUUUCUCAAACCUCAUACCACGAUUCUGUAAUGGGAAACAAGUAUGCAGCUAAUAGGAAAAGCACUGGACAGAUAAAUCUAAGCACAAGUCCCAUUAGUAGUGGCAGUUGUUUGGGAUACUACAGCAAUACCAGGAGUAAUUCCUUGAGACUGAAUUUAAUCAGUGAACGGAGAGGCGACCGGCGACGGAGCAACACACUGGAUAUAAUGGAUGGAAGGAUAAAUCAUGGUGGAAGUUUGGCCAGGACUAGAAGCCUUUCCUCCCUGAGAGAGGGAGGGAUGUAUGAUGUGCAGCCCACUACUGACCCUGUCAACUUGAUGGCCACUAUAUUUUGGAUUGCAGCUUCGUUGCUGGAGUCAGACUAUGAGUAUGAAUACCUUUUGGCUCUCAAGCUACUCAACAAGCUUCUUAUUCACAUGCCUCUGGAUAAAUCAGAGAGUCGGGAAAAGAUAGAAAAGGUGCAGAAUAAACUGAAAUGGAAUAACUUCCCAGGCCUUCAGCAGCUUUUCCUGAAAGGCUUUACUUCAGCGUCAACACAAGAAAUGACAGUUCAUCUCCUCAGUAAACUCAUCACCAUCUCCCGGCAUGCUUUGGUGGAUCCUUCUCAGUUAGCAGGAUUUCCCCUAAACAUCUUGUGCCUGCUUCCUCAUCUGAUACAACAUUUUGAUAACCCAACUCAGUUUUGUAAAGAAACAGCUGACAGGAUAGCAAAGGUUUGUGCUGAGGAGAAGUCACCAACUCUUGCCAAUCUGGCUCAUAUGAUGAGUUUAUACAGUACACACAGCUACUCCAGAGACUGUUCUAACUGGAUUAAUGUAGUGUGUAGAUAUUUGCAUGACUCCUUCUCAGAUGCCACAUUUAACCUCAUAACUUAUCUUGCAGAGCUGUUAGAGAAAGGGUUAUCCAGUAUGCAACAGUCCUUGCUGCAGAUAAUUUACAGUCUUCUGAGUCAUAUUGACCUAUCCACAGCACCAGUGAAGCAAUUUAAUUUGGAAAUCAUAAAAGUUAUUGGUAAAUAUGUUCAGAGUCCAUAUUGGAAGGAAGCCCUUAAUAUUUUGAAACUGGUAGUGUCUCGAUCAGCAAGCCUUGUUGUGCCUAAUGAUAUUCCGAAGUCUUAUGGAGGCGACAUAGGUUCUCCUGAAAUCUCUUUCACGAAAAUUUUUAAUAAUGUCUCGAAGGAGCUACCUGGGAAGACCUUAGAUUUUCAUUUUGAUAUAUCAGAGACACCAAUUAUUGGGAAUAAGUAUGGUGAUCAACACAGCGCAGCUGGUAGAAACGGCAAGCCAAAAGUCAUUGCUGUCACCAGGAGCACUUCUUCAACUUCUUCAGGCUCCAAUUCAAAUGCACUAGUUCCUGUCAGCUGGAAGAGACCACAGCUUUCUCAGAGAAGGACUAGGGAGAAGCUAAUGAAUGUGCUUUCUUUGUGUGGUCCGGAAUCUGGUCUUCCCAAGAAUCCUUCAGUUGUGUUUUCUUCUAAUGAAGACUUGGAAGUUGGAGAUCAACAAACUAGCCUAAUUUCAGCAACAGAAGAAGUGAUUCAAGAGGAGGAAGUGGCUGUAGAAGACAAUACCAGUGAACAACAAUUUGGAGUUUUUAAAGACUUUGACUUUUUAGAUGUUGAAUUGGAAGAUGCAGAGGGUGAAAGCAUGGACAACUUCAACUGGGGUGUUCGUAGGCGCUCUCUUGACAGCAUUGACAAAGGAGACACACCGUCCCUUCAGGAAUGUCAGUACUCCGGUAGCACACCGAGCUUGAACUUGACCAACCAGGAAGAUACUGAUGAGUCUUCAGAAGAAGAAGCAGCGCUGACUGCAAGUCAGAUACUGUCUCGUUCGCAGAUGUUAAUCAGUGAUUCUGCCAUAGAUGAAGCAGUAUCAGAUCAUGCUGGUUUAUCACUUCAGUCUCAAGAUUCCACUAGCAGUGUGGGAACAGAAGAGGUGCUUCAAAUCAGAACUGAGACCCCAAGUUUGGAGGCUUCUUCUCUAGAUAACUCUAGCAACCAGCUGCCUGAGGAAGGCAGUUCAGCAGUAAGGGAUGAACAGGUUAGCACUGCUAGUGAAGACACUGGGUCAUAUCUGCUACACGAACAACAAGACUGUCUGGUCUGUCACGAAUCUCUGGAGCUGGAAGAGCCCCCAGAACUGGUAGAGGCAGCAGCUCCUGAAAGCUAUUCCGAGUCUGUCUGUGAAGAGGAUGUCACUCUUGCCUUGAAAGAGCUAGAUGAGAGAUGUGAAGAAGAAGAAGCUGACUUCUCUGGUUUGUCUAGCCAAGAUGAAGAAGAACAGGAUGGUUUCCCAGAAGUACAAACUUCCCCACCUCCUUCGCCAUUUCUUUCUGCCAUAUUGGCAGCUUUCCAGCCAGUGGCAUAUGAUGAUGAAGAGCAAGCUUGGCGCUGCCACGUCAAUCAGAUGCUGUCCGAUACAGAUGGAUCCUGUGCUGUCUAUACAUUUCAUGUCUUCUCAAGAUUGUUUCAGACCAUUCAAAGAAAGUUUGUAUCUAUAACAAAUGAUUCAGUCAGCUUUCUUGGUGAAAGUCUACAGCGCAUUGGAACAAAAUUCAGAAGUUCUCUGGAAGUGAUGAUGAUGUGUUCAGAAUGUCCAACAGUCUUUGUGGAUGCAGAAACGCUACUGUCUUGUGGCCUGCUAGAAACAUUGAAGUUCAGUGUUCUAGAGCUCCAAGAACACUUGGAUACCUAUAAUGUCAAAAGAGAGGCAGCAGAACAGUGGCUAGAAGAUUGCAAAAGAACAUUUGGUACUGAUGAUGGUAUUCAUGGCACUAACACAGAUGCCCAGCAAAUGGAAAUUCUAGCAGAGCUGGAGUUGUGUCGGAGGCUAUACAAGUUGCAUUUUCAGUUACUGCUUCUGUUCCAAGCCUAUUGCAAACUCAUCAGUCAAGUAAAAACAAUCAAAAAAGAAGCAGAGGUCAUAAACAUGUCUGAAGAACUUGCUCUAUUGGAGAGCUGUCUGAAGGAGGCUGAGGCUGCGUCUGACAGUGGUAUUGAAGAAGUUGAAAUUGCAGAGGCUUCCCAAGCUAGCACAGAAACAGCUAUUCACUCUCUCAUUGAAACCCUGAGAAACAAAGAGUUUGUGUCAGCUGUAGCACAGGUCAAGGCUUUCAGAUCUAUUUGGCCCCACGACAUCUUCGGCAGUUCUGAAGAUGACCCAGUUCAAACACUGCUGCACAUAUAUUUCCGCCACCAGACACUUGGCCAGACCGGCAGCUUCGCAGUUGUGGGCUCCAACCAAGACAUGUCUGAGGCCAGCUCAAAGCUGAUGGAACUUAACCUAGAAAUCCGAGAGUCUCUACGCAUGGUGCAAUCCUAUCAGCUUCUAGGGAAGAUGAGAACAGGAAUAAAUCUUGUCAGCACUGGAUUCUGAACAGCUGUCAUUUAGAAAAGAACUGAUGAUGAAGACACUUCAGAUUAUUAUUGAGCACCUUUCAUGAAAAACAUAAAAACAAACGUCCAGCAAUCCUGACAACCAACGCAAUUUUAUCGCAGCAAGAAACUCUUUCAUCAAAAGUAAAAAUCUGAAAAUCGAAGUGAACAUCCUACUUGACUGCUCUUUCUACACAGCAGCCUGUGUGGCAGUAGUAUUUUUUUAUUAAAUUUAUCUAUAAAAACUACAUGAAAGGAAAAGGGCUUAAAUGUAAUGCAUACAUAUGCAUUAUUUUCUGUUGUAACAGAACUCUAAAUGAUAUUUGCAGUAACAGCCUCUACAGGUUGAAUCAGUAUCGCAGGUGGGAUGAGGCUAAAAUCAAGGCUGGUUUAUUUUGGCUGAAGACCUGCAAGGCUUCCUGGCUUUUCCAGCAGUAGUAGAUAUAAUCAUCAACUAAUACCUAACGAGACACUUUGCAACGUCAUGAAGAAUGUGCGGUCCAACAUGAGUAGAAUGACUUACGACUGCAAAAACCAUUGACUUCUCAGUGUUUUAUUUGCUUUUGUUGUCUGUAAUAAGGAAAUUAUGUGUGUGAGUUAGAAUGUAUGGCUAUGUGACAGUUUGUUUUUUGAAGGUAUGGAUGAUUGUUAAAUAAGGUCUCAGAGCAUGCUUAAAAGAGCUGCAAGAUUAUUUUUGAAGAAAUUUUAUUUUAUUAGAUCUAAUCCUCAUAGUGUGUAAAUGUUAGGACAUUUAAUAAUAUUUUCAACUGGGAUUUCCCAGUGUUUCUAAAAGAAAUAAUAUAUCUGUUAACUUUAUUGGAAUGCUGCUCAGUUCUCUGACCAGUGCUUAUGUUACAAAUAUUGAUAACAACUAACCAAAAAGUAGCUGCCUGCAGAGACUUUAAAAUGUAUAUUAAAGAUAUAUGCUGCCCAUCAGCAAUUCUCAUUAGAAGUUAACUUAUUUUAUUCUGUAUAUAUUCUAGAAACUGUAUAGUGCAAAACCAGUAUUUUUCUUGUAAAUUUGUGCAAUGCACUGUUAAAACAGUAGGUGUAUAAAGCUAUGAGGGGAAGGGAGGUUCCCUCGUGGUAGUCACAUGCAGUACUUGCAGUCUGAGUGGUCUGCAGGGUUUGAAGAGUUUGAAUGCACGUAUAUGUGUCUUCAUGACUCAACUGCAGCCUAAGGAAUUGGGACUAUAUAGAAAGAAAAAAUAAAUGACUGACUACCAAAACAUGCAAACAGGCAAUAUACUCAUAGUUCAGUGUCAAAAGUCUGUAGCAUAAAACAAACUGGAUUCUGUUGAAACCAAUAGCAUUUUGUAGAAAAAAAAAAAAAAGAGAAAAAAAAAACAGGAAAAAAAGAAUGUAGUCCCACUAUUCCUGUGAUUUGAAAGGAACACCCAGUAUUUUUAUAUACAUCUCUUACCCACUGUGAUUUUUUUUUUUAAUGGGCUCUAAUUCCAGAGUUUAGAAUGUAGAAUUGAAAUUCUUAGCUCUGCCUUUUUGGGGGAAUUAGACCCCACUAGAAAUGUAAUUAUGCUGAAAUGCAUUAAUUGAAGGCACUGUGCACACUGUUGGACUGCUGACAGUAGUUAUGUUAUCCUAACAAGUUCUGUAACUGGUCAAGGCACAUCCAUAUUCACUGUAUUUUUUUUCCCUGUCCCUGAUAAAAUUGAAUUAUUUUGAUGGUUUUGUGGUACUGUA